CUCAGGUGAGAGGCUGGGAUCUGGUGAGCACCGGGCGGGUGUGUCCCUCAGUGGAAUCCCGGCCUCCCCUUGCAGAGAGACCAUGGAGAAACCAGGGAGUCAUCUAGUGGAGACCUAUGUCUCAGGAACCUGUGACCAACCUCACCAAGGGCCCAUUGGUUCUGAGGACGAUGGGAUGGAAGGAAACUCUCCAGUGACUGAUCAUCGUGAGAGAAAACGGCCAUUGGCAGGGGCUGAUGCCAGAGAUGUGGGGGAGGAAGCUCAGAAUAUGCUGGAACAUUUUGGAGAGGCUCUAAUGGCAAAGAGGAGAAAAUUGGAAAGCAUCCCCGACACUUGUGUUGAAAACACUAACCAGAAAUCAGGGCAUGUUUUGAAGACACAAGGGCAAUGGCAGCAGCUUAUUCAGGAAUACUUGCAGCAGUGUCUGAUAUUGGCUCAGCAGUUGCAAAUGGAUCUGAAGGAAACCGAGGAAGAAGAAGCAAAACUAGAGAACAUCUUUCAACAUCAACAAAAAUUUAUAAAGCAAGCCCGAAGUCUUCUGAACUAUGUACAGCAAAUAAUUGAAAAGCUUUACCAGCAGUCCCAAAAGGACCAGCAAGAGAAGGGGCACCAAUCCAAAACUGUCUUCUUACCGUGAUUAUUUGAUGACUGAAUCAUACACUCCAAUUUAGGUAGACUAAUGACAUGACAGUGGUGUUUACCCCCAGGUUCAAAUGAGUGUGUAUUGAUAACCAUUUCCUUGUUUUUAAGCAUGUCUUCCCUGUGGUUAACCCCCCAAUUAUGCCUGCACCACUGUAUGCAGCUGUGUGUUUUCAAAGUGGCUCAUGUUUUGAUUGGUUUGUUUUAAAGAAAUAGGAAAUUAAAACGGAUUGUUCCAUCAACUGUAUCCUCGAAUAAACAUGGCACAUUUUUUGAAAUUUCUGUGUCAU